AUGGCAAAGCAAGAGAAGCUAAGGAGUGGGGCAGUAGACUAUGGAAGAAUAUACGAACAAAAAAUAGCCGCCUAUUUAGCUAUAAAAUGUGCGCUGGAUUCAGAAAUUUCCGAUUUUUGGAUAUUAAGCAACGUAAACGGAGUUGAAGCUUUCGAUGAUAUCGUCCUCAUGGUCCGAGACAUACAAGGGAAUAAAAAAUUAUUCUGCAUCCAACUGAAACAUCUAGUGAACAGUAAUUUACAAGCAACGCAGCUUGAGAAUCAUACACCGAAAAACAAAUUUAGUUUAAAGAAAUACCAAGACAGUUUCGAGAUUAUAGAGAAGAAUAUCACCGCUAACAGUGUGGAUAUAUUAAGAAACACUAGUUUGGACGAAAUAUACCUCAUCUUGUGGACAAACGCCCCGUUGACAAGCAGAGACAAACUGCAGUAUCUGAACGUUGACACCAUAGGGGGAAUGGAUUUUUUGGACACGUCAUCGCAGUCAAAUGUAUACAAAUUAAACAAUUUGCCCUCAACUGAAUUACCCUUCAACCAAAAAUUCCUCGAGAGGUUUUAUGUGUUUGCGGAACAAGCUCCCGCCGCUUCUUUGGACAGAAUAAUUAAAAACGAAUUCUGUUCUCACUUUCAUAACGUAAGUAAUUCAGUAAUUAUCAACAUAACAGACUACUUCACCAAGUGGUCAAUGGGUGAUGGCAAAAAGAUACGAAGAAUUGCAAGAAAUGACGUACAGAGGAUGCUUUUGGAAUUUCUUCUUUCACCUCAUCUAAUCGAACCAAAUCAAAUAGAAGAGUCGAGCCAUGAAAAAUUCGAUUUGAUAAUUGAAACACUGGUAAGUUUCAAUGUAACACCAAUUAACGAAGAAAGGUUGUUGACAAACAUUUUUUCUUACAAUAAAUCGGUAUUGGACAAACUGUAUAAUUCAAGCUUAAAUUUGGAUUUUCCUUGGAAUAGCGACUUACGCGGACUCCAUUGGGAUAUCCUGAGAUCAGUUAAUGAUGAAUCUAACCGACGGAUUUUAAUAAUUCUCCAAGAGAAGAAAAUAUUUGUUCCUCAUUUGACCAUAAAAGACAUUUACCUCGCUUCUUGGCACUGCAGACUGAUUCCACUGAUAUUAAACUGUAAUACCUCGAAAGAAUUUGUCGAAAAGGUACUUAUCAAGUUUAAAGAAGUUACCAAGGACUUGAGCUUUGUGCUUUUAAACCCAGUGACCUCUAUUCUUAAAGACAGUUUGAAAAUAUUUGAAAGCAUUAAUAGUAUACAAAAGACACAAAUAAAAAAUAAAAAUUUAACUGAAACUUUUAUUUCGAUGCAGAGCAAAAUGAGAAUAAAUCUUGAGAAGUUUAAAGACAACAUUGAGAUACUCCAAGAAGUUACACCAGAUGUGUAUCUAACUUUAAUGGAAUGUCUCGUCGUACUCGGUGAGUCGAUUGAAACUGAAAAUUAUUACGUGAAAAGAGACCUGCGAAGACCGAUAUUAAAACUGAGUGUCUUAGACGAAAAUAGCGUACUAAAAGAUCGAGAAUGGUUAUUUAACAAAGCAGGAGAUAUAUUUCUAUUAGUGGAAUUUGAGCAAACACUUCCGUUACGGUACGCAAAUAAAUCUGUGGAGCUAACGAAAUAUUUAACUGAUAAAGCUUACCAAGAAGAUGAGAAAAUAUACAUUCUAGUUACAAAAUUGAAUGAUCUCGAUGAACAGGUGAUCUCCGCAGCUUCGAAGUUACACAAGGAAAGUUCCAAAUCCGUGCACGUAAUGAAGCUCUGUAACAAUCAUCUGGAAUGGUCGUUUUCCAAAGGAACUGUAGAAGCUUUGCAAAAACACUUAAUCGAAACAAACCUUCUGAAAGAUGAAAACCCUGAAUACAAUAUACCAGAAGAUGACAUUUUGAUGAGAUCUAGAUCUGGCGUAAAUAUGAUAAGCAACAAUGCUAGAAUGGGAAAGACAUUUAUGUUAAAAAGUCUAGCAAAUAAGUUCGAACCAGACGAAUGGGUGUGUUACAUAAAUCUAAGCGAGCACAUCUCAAAAAUUCCGCAAGAGAACAGAUUUAGAUCUUACUUUCAAGAAAUCUCGGUGAAUGCUUUGAAAACCGAAGUUGCAUGCAUCCAGAGAUUUUGCGAAAGAAUGUACUUGCACUGUUUGCAAACGAGAAAGAUAAUAUGCCUCUUCGAUGGAUAUGAUGAGGUUCCCUCAGACCAUGCUCUCACAUUUCUUAAAGAAGCCAAAGAGUGGGGAUUAAGAAUGUGGAUAACAACGAGGCCUACGUAUAAGAAGGAAUUGGAAAUGCACAUGGAGAACUUAUCCGUUGAAAUAACACACUUUAGCACAGAAGACCACGUAACGUUUUUGUGGAAAUAUUUUCACAGUUACAACCAUAUAAACCAUUACAACGACACUCAAAUUCAGUAUAUUAUAGAUACCAUAAACAAAUGUUCUAGUAAUCUAGACAAAACUCUCAUCGCUCUGCCUCUACAAACCCGCAUGUUUGCAGAGAUCUUUGGCGACGACAUUAAUCAGAUCGAUGAAAAGGAAAAACUGACCAUUGUUGAUUUGUACAAUAAAUUUGUUGACGUCAAACUAAAAGAAUACAAGUCGUACGAGGCAACUAGCUUAAAGAAAACCCUCUCCAAAUUGGCCCUGAAGUUGUUUUUCACUGAACAACAGCUGGAACAUGUUUUGGAUUUCGAGGAUCUGGCCGAAGAAGCUGUAACUUUCCAGGAAAGCUACAAAAAAGACUCGAUAGUCAUAGGGUUAAAUGAGAGGGGUGACGCUGUAUUUGGACAUCGAACGUUUGCUGAAUUUUUAGCCGCUUACUGGUUGGCCAAACAGAUCGUCAAUAGAAAAGGUGAAUAUAACUUUUCUUGGCUGCCAGUGCUAGAGAAAUUGUACUAUAUUGAAAUGGUUCCGGUGAGAGUGUUCUUUGACAGAAUAUUAUCUCAAAACUUACCCUUGCACUUAGCAGUAUUAAAUAACGACAGAGAAAGCGUCCAAAGCUUACUGACAACAGAGCCACAUAAAGAUGUUGAUGUUUUAGGAAGGUCAGCUUUGCACAUAGCAGUAACGUAUGGUAAAUACUACGAUCUAUACAUUGCCAGAGAAAUCAAAGGACUGAGAAACGUCGGCGUACAUUCUGUUAUUCGAUGCAAUAACAAUACUUGUCGGCUGACAAUUCCUUUACUAGAAGAAAAACAAUACCGGAUAUCAGGCGAAAUUGUUGAUGUACUCAUAAAUCAAGGUUUUUUGAAUACCACGGACAGAUUGUUCAGAUAUGAUCUCUUUGACUACGCGAUGAAGUCGUGCUCUCUCAAUUUCGUGCACAGCCUUUUCAAGAAGUUUGAAAAAGUUGCCUUGUACUUUGAAGCCGGUUAUAGUUUUGAGAUAUUUCUGUACUGCAUUAUUCAUGACAAUUUGUACAAUAUUUUGAGUAAUAGAAAAACUUACAAUUUUAAUGUGACACAAGACGAUCAAAAUGCACUUAGAGACAUGUUUAGAGGGUACAAUUUUAAAUUAUUGACGACAAAAUACAACGAAAUGUACUUAACUGAAGUAGCAGCUAUGAUGGGUGGUAAGGAAGUUAUUUUCGAUCUUCUCCAAAGCGGUGCAUUAGGAAUCCAAGACGGCAACAUAGUACACAAAGCUUGUUUCAGUGGCCACAGCGACGUUCUGGAGUUGUUAUAUAAUUUAGGAGCUAAUAUAGACAGAAAAGAUGACAGCAAUUGGUCUCCUCUGUACCAAGCUGCUAAGAGAAAGCGAUCAGAUCUCGUAUACCAAUUACUUAAAAAUAGUAAAUUUCUGUCAAACGCUAAAAGAUCUUCCACUCUAAUGACUCCUCUUCAUUACGCCGUUCAAGGAGGUCACCUGGAUUGCGUGAAAAAGUUAUUAGAAUUUGGCGUUAAAGUCAACGUUAAAGAUGCAUACGACAAUACACCUUUAAUCUACGCAUGUAAAUACGGACAUGUUGAAAUUAUCGACGUUCUGCUAAAAUCUGGACAAGUAGAUAUAUCGGAAAACUCAGUAAACUCAACUGUAAAUGUAGUUGCUUUUCACGGCUACAGUGACUGCGUCAAAAAGCUAUUGGAGUAUGGUCUAGAUGUUAACUAUAUCGACGACGAGGGAAACACUCCUCUGAUGAUAGCUAGUCAGAAAGGAUUCUCCGAUGUCGUUUCGGCAUUAGCCAGCUCCGAGAAUUGCAAUCUAAACCUGAUGGUACGCAAUGAAAGCCUAGCUAGUCUUCAGAUGUGGUGUGCUGGCAACAACCACAUAAUGCUGCAUACAAAAUUAUUCCACGUAAAACGCGACAGAAGCGAACUUGGUGGCAUAGCCGCCCUACAUUUUGCAGUACGACACGGACAUGUAGAUUGCACGAAAACUCUUCUCGACCUUGGUGCUGACCAAACCGUAGAAGACGAAAUUACCAAGUACGCACCUCUGGUAUGGACAUGCAUGUAUGGUUUCGAAAAGGUUUUGAAACUGUUGUUAGAAGGUGAGGAUUCAGAAAUAAAACAAAACAAUGCGCAAAUAGGUUUGAUUUGGGCUUCAAUGCUAGGUUACGAAAAAUGCGUUGAAGUUCUAUGUAAAUAUAUUGAGAAAACUGAAUUGCCUACGAAUGAUGAAACCAAUCAACGUAUUAAAGCAGUUAUAACUGCGGAAUUUGGAACUGAUAACUGGUAUAUCCGAGAAAAUGAAAAUAUGCCGCUUCUUUUGGCGGCUAAAAAUGGCUACGAAAGUGUUAUUAGAACCUUAGUGUCCAUCAAGUAUAGAAACAACGAGGGCUUGGAGGAAGCACUACACUGGGCAGCAAAAAAUGGACAUUUAGAAUGUGUUAAGGAGUUAAUACAAGCAGGCGCUGACGAGACUAAAACAAAUGAGAAAUUCCUGCGCCUACUACCCAUAUCCUGGGCCAGCAUGUAUGGUAAAACUAACGUCGUGGAAUACCUGCUUCAAAAUAAGACCAGUGAUUGGUUAGGGAAUAAAGACUUCCAAUUAGCUCUAAAUUGGGCAGCAGUGGGAGGGCAUUAUGACUCUCUGAUGUUAUUGAUUGACUUUGGUCUGGAUGUAGACAAUAUUUACGAAGACCUAAAUGGAGGAACUCCACUUAUAAGCGCUUGCGAACAUAGAGGGACGGUGGAGGUGAUCGAUGCACUGAUGGCGAAGCAAUGCAACGUAAGAGCAAAAGAUAAUGACGGUUCGACUGCUCUGGACAUCGCUGCCAAAAGGAAAAAGUUUGAAAUUGUCAAGAGGUUUAUUAAUUCAGGAGCAUUCAAUGACAUGGAAGUUGAAGUGGAAUCGGAACUGUACAAGAAUCUUCAAAUAGUACUCGAGUGGGCUGUGCAAAAGGAAGAACAUGAGCUUAUAGAAGGGUUAUUAGCACUAGGAAUAAGUAUAGAUAAUAAAUGAUUUAUAAGUAAAAUUUUAUUUCCGAUUGAAAGACAUAAAAUUGUCCUUUUAUAAGAAAGUUUCUU